AUGUCGCUGGUCAUUCGUGUGAUUAACUUUAUUGUUGCCCGAGCCUCAAAUGAUCGACAAUUUAAAACACCGCUGGAUGAAGUUGGAAGUAACUAUCAUGGUCUUAUUGUGUACAGCAAGGCACGUUGGUUGUCAAAAGGGAAGGUGCUUAGCCGUUUUGUAACGUACCUGAACGAAAUCCGGACGUUCCUUGAAAUGAAGGGCAUUGUGCAUCGUGAGCAAGCCGAAACUGAGUGGCUCUUCAUGUUUUACUAUCUCGUGGAUAUGACAGAACAUCUGAAUUAA